AUGCUCGUUAUAUUGACCUGCCUUCUUCCAUUGCUGGUUUUAGCCCCCCCUACUCUCGCGGGCUCUUAUCAAUGGCAGGACCAGCGGCCACUCAUCGACAUUGGCACAGGCGAGAGUUGGCAGAAGUAUGUACGCUCUCCCCCGAGUGCGGUUGUACGACCAAGCCGCGUGCUCGGGACUCUCACACGGGGGAAUGUCACCAAUGCCGAGGGUCUUCUCACGGGCAAGGGAUCGACGAUCCUGACCAGGACACUGCCGAAGAGCGCGUCGAUGGCGGCAGACGCGUCUGACGUUCCACCAGCCGUCGUUGUUGACUGGGGCCAGAACAUGGCUGGCUUUGUGUCCAUCAAGUUUGGAGGGUCGUUCAAUACCACCCCAGGGCUUCCAGGUAUUAGACUGGCAUUCUCGGAAACGCUGCAGUUCCUCAGCAAUCGAAGCGACUUUUCGCGAUCGGAUAAUAUCGCGGUUCGUCCGACACCAUAUACCUGGACGGACAAAUAUGGCUGCGAGUUUGGCGACCAAGUCUGUGCCGACGGCCUCCAUGGAUUCAGAUAUAUGAAAAUCUAUCUGGAUGCUCUUCCGGCCGAUGCACCCUACACCUCCUCCUAUGGCCAGGUCAACAUCGAUUCCAUGAGCCUGGAGUUCACGGGCUUCCUGGGCACCCCGAAUACCUUCACCGGCUGGUUUGAGAGCUCCGACGAUCAGCUCAAUCAGUGGUGGUACGACGGGGUAUAUACCAACGACCUGUGUAUCGACACGUUCCGAGAAAACGAUACCGAUCCUCGAGGUGCAGGCAGCCCGACGCUCAUGGGGAAGCUGGUUCUUCACGAUGGCGCGAAUCGAGAUCGAGAUCCUUAUGUUGGAGACCUCGCCGUUGCCUCGAGAACCUCUUACCUGAGUCACAGCGUUGCGGCAGCCACCAGAAACGUGCUUGCUGAUAUUGCGGAUCAUCAGCGGGCGGAUGGGUGGCUUCCUCCGGCGAGCAUCCAAAGCUACACGUUGCCACUAUACGAUUACCCCUUGUGGUGGGUUGCCUGUAGUUACGAUCUCUUCAUGUAUACGGGCGACACGGCAUACGUGACCAACUACUAUCCAAACCUCGUCAAGGUGCUGGACACCUUCUACCCAUCAACAACUGACCCAGCCACCGGACUGCUGAGAAAAGGCCUUGGUGGAACGGGUGGCUAUGGUGAUUACGCCUUCCUCCCUCGCUCCGGUCCAGUCACCUACUACAACGCACUCUACGUGAUGGCGCUCGAUAACGCCGCAUCUAUGGCCAGAUACCUCGGCCACGAAGCAGACGUCUCCCGCUGGUCAGCACGAGCUCGCAAAGUCUCCCAAGCGCUGGACGGGAACUUCGACCCCAAAGCCGGCGCCUUCUACGACGGUACCUGUGGAAAGGCAUUCUGCCAGACCCACGCUCAGGAUGGCAACAGUCUGAGCAUCGUCAGCGGCGUAGCGAACUCUACGCGAGCGGAAUCCAUCCUCGCUUACCUCUCCGCCAACCACGAGCGUCCGUACGGCAACGCCUUCUACGAUAAUGAUCUCCUCGGGCCUUUCUCUCAGCGCGUCUAUGCUUUCAUCUCGUACUUUGAGAUCGAAGCCCGGUUCAGGACGGGGCUAGCCGCCUCUGCUCUGGAAGAGAUCAGACGGCUGUACGGGUGGAUGUCGACCCACGACCCGAAGAUCACGAUGUGGGAAGGCAUCGGCCCGAAGGGCGAGCCUUACGAGGAUGGCUUCACGUCCAUGGCGCACGGCUGGGGAACAGGCGUCGUCCCAGCCUUGACGAACUACGUCCUUGGCGUCAUGCCCUCCGGCCCUGGCUUCUCAACCUGGGCCGUGAAGCCCAUCCCAGGCGACGUCAGGUGGGCAAAGGGCCUUGUGCCGACGCCCAAGGGUCCGAUCAAAGUCUCCUGGAACCAUAACGAUGCGGGACUGUUCUAUCUGCAAGUGACUGGGCCGGCGGGUACGAGAGGAGUGGUGAGCGUGCCGAGGGGGGACAAGACGAAUUCGGUGUACUUUGACUCGCAAGCUGUGCAGGGCGACACGGACAAGGGCUAUGUGAAUGUGGCAGUCGAGGGGGGAGCGACGCAUAAUUUCAGCGUUGGGUUCAAGCUUUGA